AUGGAGGGUCGUUUUGCACGGCCACUGGCAAAGGUUCUGUCCAAGGCACAAGUAAACUGGUUAGUAAUGGCCAGUCCGCCGGGCGGCGCGGGCGCACCCCGUGACGAGUCACCUCGCCCGCAACCGCCCCCCACGCCCCGCAACGGCACUUCUCCCACAGAACAAGGUGCGCUGACGAUAGUCCGUCGGUCUUCCAGCAAGAGCAAACCCGAGUCCUCCCCGCCCACCGAUGAGCAACUUGAUCAGUUGGAUCUUGACACUGAGCACCUGCCCGCCAUAGACACGCCCGACGCCUGUGAUAAAGCCGCUCUUAGAUUACGUUAUCUCUUAAGACAAAUAAACAGAGGUGAAAUACCCGUGGAAAUAUUACAAAAGAACAUUCAGUAUGCCGCAAAAGUUCUUGAAGCCGUCUACAUUGAUGAAACCAAGGUAAGACGACCGGUGGAGCAGCCGCGCCAGGCCACGACUCUUCAAACCAGGAGGCUCCGCACACCGUGCUGGGCCAGUUCUGUAGAGAAACACGAAGCAAAGUUAAUACCGUUACACCAACGCCGGCAAUGGCCAAGUAGUCGAGCCUCCCUUCUGUCCACUCUUUGCGAUUAG